AUGCCAAAUUUGUCAAUGUCAAUGUCACCAAAAUGGUAUCGGAUCGGACAGCAAAUCGGCCCCUCCCUCCCUUCACCUACCGCUAUCUUUCUCUCAGAAGUUGCAACCAUGGCGGCCGGGGUACUUUACACCUAUCCAGAAAACUUCCGGGCAUACAAGGCGUUGAUCGCCGCACAGUACUCGGGAGUAGACGUGAAAGUGGCCCCUAACUUUGUGUUCGGUGAAACUAAUAAGUCAGCAGAGUUCUUGAAAAAGUUUCCAGCCGGUAAAGUUCCAGCCUACGAAAGUGCUGACGGCAAGGUUCUACUAUCGGAAAGCAAUGCUAUUGCUUAUUAUGUGUCCAACGCCGCGCUGCGAGGCACGGACGCGGCCACGCAGGCGCGCGUGCUGCAGUGGGCUUCCUGGGCAGACAGUGAGCUGCUGCCUGCAUCCUGCGCCUGGGUCUUCCCAUAUCUUGGCAUCAUGCAGUUCAACAAACAGAACGUAGAGCGUGCGAAGCAGGACCUGUUGGCGGCAUUGAAAGUACUGGACGCGCACUUGCUGACCCGCACCUUCCUCGUCACCGAGCGCGUCACCCUGGCCGACAUCAUCGUCUUCUGCACGCUCAUACACGCCUUCCAGCACGUGCUGGAGCCGGGCGUGCGCGCGGGGCUGCCGUGCGUGUCGCGCUGGUGGAGCACGCUGGCGGCGCAGGCGGCCGUGGCGGCCGUGCUGGCCGCGCCCGCGCUCUGCGCCGCGCCGCCCACGCCUCCCGCAGCCAAGAAGGAUUCUGGAGACAAGAAGAAAGAAAAGAAACCUGAAAAAAAGGAACAGCCCAAGAAGAAGGAGGAGCCUGCGCCAGAACUAGCUGACGACAUUGAUGAAAAACCCAAGGAGUCCAAAGACCCCUUCGACUCCAUGCCCAAAGGGACUUUCAACAUGGAUGACUUCAAACGUUGUUAUUCAAAUGAAGAUGAGGCCAAGUCCAUCCCCUACUUCUGGGAGAAGUUUGACCCUGAAAACUAUUCCAUCUGGUACGCUGAAUACAAAUACCCCGAGGAGCUCGCCAAAGUGUUCAUGAGCUGCAACCUUAUCACUGGCAUGUUCCAGCGACUGGACAAGAUGCGCAAGCAGGCGUUCGCGUCCGUCUGUCUGUUCGGCUCCGACAACGACUCCACCAUCUCCGGCGUCUGGGUGUGGCGCGGACAGGAGCUCGCCUUCCCGCUGUCGCCAGACUGGCAGAUAGACUACGAGUCCUACGACUGGACCAAGCUGGACCCCGCCAGCCCCGACACCAAGAAGCUGGUGCAGGAUUACUUCUCGUGGAACGGAGUAGACAAGCAGGGCCGCAAGUUCAACCAGGGCAAGAUCUUCAAAUGA